AUGCCUCAUUUGACGAAGCAUUCUUUGUUGCCAAUGCUCUCAUGUCAACAGACCCGAAUGUGUCUGUUGUCUGGUGCCUGUUGUCAGUUGCCGGGUCGCCUCGUCUGUUGUCGAGUAGAGAGCGACCGGACUGGUUCACUUGAGGAGGCUGUUGUCCACUUGCGCAUUGCUUCUCCUCUUCGAAACCGGAUCAGAAAGAUGAGCACGACAUUGUCUUUCUGGUAUCAGCGGGCCUGGCUUUGGGGCUUUUGUCUUUCUCUUUCUUUGGCUCUGUGUACAUUGUCUGUGCAUGCGUGUGUGUUUUCCUCUUCCUCAAAGACAAGUGAUCGAGUCGCCUCGUCUCAUUGA